AUGGAGCCCGAACCGAGCCUAGCCGAGACCACCCGAAGCCGCGCGCCCAGCCGACUUGAGGCCGACGGCCGAGCGCAGCCGAGGCCGCCCGAGCAGAGGCCGAACCGGCACGAAGCGGCCCAGUCGAGCAGAGCCGACGGCCAGGAGUCCGGAACCGAGGAGGGCCGAAACGGCCCGAAGUGCGGAGCCGAAGCGGCCCGAAUUGGUCCGAGGCCGCACGAGGGUUUCCGAGCGGCUCUGAGCGAGCCCUCCUCAGCUCCUAGGAGGCCGCGCCGGCCGUCGUCCCCGGCCCACAGGGUCGCCCACCGUGGGACCGACGCUCGCCGGCCUCCGACGCAGCGCGGCCCGGCCAGGAGAGUCUCACGCCAAAGGCUCCGCCCGGCCCACCGCGAGCGGGAACCGAGUCCGCCCGAGCGUAGCCGAACGGAGCCGAACCCUCCCGAGCCCCCGUCCUCCGGAGCCGCGACUCCCUCCCCUCUUGUCCGAAAGUGGCCGAGCGCUGCCGGACCGGCUAAUCGGGCCUCGGCCGCGGCCGAGUCAAGUCUCGAAAAGCGGCGCUGUCGGGCCCCUUCGAGAUCAGAGGCGAAAAUGGCCGAAGGGACGCGAGCGGCGGGGCCGAGAGGCUGCCGGGAUCGCGGCGGACUGGGCGGGCGGAGCCGGAGCAAGAUGGCGGCUGCGCGAAGUGGGAGCGUUUCCUCCACGGCCCUGUCCUCGGUCCCCCUGCAAAUGAUGUUCUAUCUCAGUGCGGCUUAUGGUGCCCUUUACUUCCUAGCUACGCUCCUGAUGGUCACGUACAAAAGUCAGGUUUUCAGUUAUCCGCCAAGUCACCUGGUCCUCGACCUGACUCUGCUGUUCCUGCUGGGGAUUCUGGAAGCAUCUCGCUUGUACUUCGGCACCAAGGGCAACCUCACAGAGGCAGAGGUGCCGCUGGCCGCCAGCCUGGUCCUCACGGUGGCCGGUGCCCUGCUGUGUGUCUACUUCCUGCUCUGGCAGACCCUCGUGCUGUGGGCCGACUCCGUCCUCAGUGCCACACGCCUGUCGCUGCACAGCCUGGAAGCCGUCCUGCAGGUGGUGGCCAUCGCCGCCUUCAUCAGCUAACGGGGUGAUGCCAGCAGCCCUGGACAGGUGCUCACUUCAGGGAGCCCCACAUUCCCGCUGCCAUUGCAGAAAGGGAAGAGGUGGUUUAUGAAUCUUGCUGGGAGCAGCCAUAGGUGCGGUCACUGCCCUCAGUGGUCUCUGUGGGAAAUGACAGGGAUAUCUGCUCUGUCCCCGUGUUUUAGCCACCCUGACCCCAAAGGCCAGAGUGGGAACCCAGCAGUCAGGCCAUUGUCACAAACCUCAGGGGUUUGCCCCACACCAGCAGGGGGCCAUUGGUCCCACCCUGUCCUCUCCUGCCAGAGUUCUCACCGUGGGGCAGCAUUCUGCAGCCCAGGUGGGUGUUCCAUACUUGCUGCACGUACACGUGGGUGGGACCCAGCACUGUGGGCAGUGUGGGGGGGCCUCGCUCCGAGCAAGCCCAGUCCUGGACAGAGAGUGCCCUCUGGCUGCCAAAAAGAAUGCAGCGGAGCUGGUCAGCUCUGGGGUUGGGGGUUCUGACCCAGGAUUGAUGACAGCCACUUCAUGGUUAGCUGUCCCACCCUCAGUCAUAGAAUGUCAGUGACGUCUGCACUGAGCGCUGGGUGGGUUCAGACCUACUGUAAGCUGCAAUUUUGAGUGAUUUCCUUCCAUUUGUCGCGAGUGCACGUUUUUGUUUGGAGUCACGUUUUUGUUUGGAGUCACGUUCGAAAGGGUGUAGUUUCUCUUCACGUUUUUCAAAUAAAGAAGUGUUUACCCCUC